UUGGCCAGCCUGACUCUCUCGAUCUCGCGAGAUCUUCAAACAAACUCUUCUGUCUUUUCCCGCGAUUCCAAUUCGGUAAAAAGUGCGCCUGUGCUCCGCUUUCCUAGAUCAGUCACACCCCUUCCCGCACGUAUCCUUCAAGCUCCUCCUUCAGCUCCGCCUUAUUCCCGGCCGCCUUUGCGCUGCGCGCUUGCGCCCGCUCCAGCUUCCAGCUGGUGCCGGACCUGAGAGCCAGAGGGGUGUGCGCGCGCGCCUUCGCCCUGUUGCGCGCGCGGUGUCACCUUGGGCGCGAGCGGGGCCGCGCGCGCACGGGACCCGGAGCUAAGGGCCAUUGAGUGGCGAUGGCGGCGACGGCGAGUCCUGGGGCCGGCGGGGUAGACGGGAAGCCCCGUACCUCCCCUAAGUCCGUCAAGUUCCUGUUCGGGGGCCUGGCCGGGAUGGGAGCUACAGUUUUUGUGCAGCCCCUGGACCUGGUGAAGAACCGGAUGCAGCUGAGUGGGGAAGGAGCCAAAACUCGGGAGUACAAAACAAGCUUCCAUGCCCUCACCAGCAUCCUGAAGGCAGAAGGCCUGAGGGGCAUUUACACUGGGUACUGGGGCCUCAAGAUAUGGGGUAGGGUGUGGGUUGGCAGCUCUAGACCUUGGUCUGACGUACUGACCCCUUUGCUUCCCAGGCUAUCCGCUGGCCUGCUGCGCCAGGCCACCUACACCACUACACGCCUUGGCAUUUAUACCGUGCUGUUUGAGCGCCUGACUGGGGCUGAUGGUACACCCCCUGGCUUUCUGCUGAAGGCUCUGAUUGGCAUGACCGCAGGUGCAACUGGUGCCUUUGUGGGAACACCAGCUGAGGUGGCUCUUAUUCGCAUGACUGCUGAUGGCCGGCUUCCAGUUGACCAGCGCCGUGGCUACAAAAACGUGUUUAAUGCCCUGAUUCGAAUUGCCCGGGAAGAGGGCGUCCCCACACUCUGGCGGGGCUGCAUCCCUACCAUGGCUCGGGCUGUCGUCGUUAAUGCUGCCCAGCUGGCCUCCUACUCCCAAUCGAAGCAGUUCUUGCUGGACUCAGGCUACUUCUCUGACAACAUCUUGUGCCACUUCUGCGCCAGCAUGAUCAGCGGCCUCGUCACCACUGCCGCCUCCAUGCCUGUGGACAUUGCUAAGACACGGAUCCAGAACAUGCGAAUGAUUGAUGGGAAGCCAGAAUACAAGAAUGGGCUGGAUGUGCUGUUGAAGGUUGUCCGCUACGAGGGCUUCUUCAGCCUGUGGAAAGGCUUCACACCGUACUAUGCCCGCUUGGGCCCCCACACUGUCCUCACCUUCAUCUUCUUGGAGCAGAUGAACAAGAUUUACAAGCGUCUCUUCCUCAGCAGCUGAGGUGGCUUGGAGCCAGUGUGCCAGAGCUGCCACUUGGCUGCUGCUCCUACGGUCACUGCACCCCAGAGGCCUGGAUUCUGCUGCCCUGGGCCCCUCUAUUUAUUUCCCCUCCACAGUGUGGUCUCCUCCUUUGCGGUAAAGGACUUUGGUCUGUUCUACCCCCUGUUCCAGCUUGCCCUGAUCCUAUGACAACUCUGUCGCUGGCUGUGACUUGUGGGGAGCUGGAGAACUCCCUGAGGAUUUCUGGUCUCCUCCUGGGUGUUAGUUUCAGGGCACACAGGACAACAGAAGAUCCCCCUUGUCAGUGGAGAAACCAAGGCAGAGCUGAGGGGACAGGAGAGAGCAGAAGCUAACAAGAUGGUCAAAGGGUCUAAAGUGGGAGGACUUGGCCCUUCCUCCUCCUCAUUGAGGACAUAAUAAAUUGGAUUGGUGAUACUACUCCCAAUCUGGAGAGUUGUGGGGUUUAGGAGGGGAGGAGACUGGACAAAGAAUCUGGUGUCCCUGGAGAACAGGAACUGGAGUUUUUAAGAAAAAUUAUUAAAGAAAAAGCACCCGCUGGUUUUGUGCAAA